GCGCGGAAGAAAAGACCCGUUAGCUGUCAGAAAGAAUAUCGGAUCCGGAGACCUGAGCGUCAAACCGAGCAGAACCGAGCAGAACCGGGGCACACCGGACUCGGCACCGCGUAGGAACCCCAGUGUGGGGUUGUGGCCAGUACAGCAGUGAGACUGUCACGAAACCGAGAAAGCAUAUAGCCGAAUUACCGAACUGUAAAAAGAGGUGGCUUUCCUCUCAAGCAAGUCAGAACCGAACUGCGUCGGCGGUGCAAACUUAGCGGUACCGAGCCUCGACCUGGACAGCGGUAACCGAGAGCUUUCUUACCCGAAGCCGUAACGGUAAACCGAGCUCAUUGCCCAGAACUGAACCGGGUGUGACCGAAUCUUCCAGGGAGCUCCGUCUAGCCCGAACCAGGACAGUGACAGCAUCUCUCGAAGCUCUGGUUAGGAGAUCCCGAACCGAGGACUGUAGGAAUCUUUUUAAAAAACCCGAACCACAAUAAACAACGCUGACUGACUGAGAAGAUAAUUGACUUAGCGGGUAUUAUUAUAUUAUCGAGAGCCUGAAUGAUUUGAAUCAGCCCUGAAGACCCGUUUCCUCCUCGACUCGCACACUCCACGGCUCCCCUGCGUCACCUCCCCGGCUGUGUCGCCAUGGGUAACCAGGGGAUGGAGGACCUGAUCCCGCUGGUGAACCGGCUGCAGGACGCGUUCAGCUUUAUCGGGCAGAGCUGCAACCUCGACCUGCCGCAGAUCGCUGUGGUGGGCGGGCAGAGCGCUGGCAAGAGCUCGGUGCUGGAGAACUUCGUAGGGAGGGACUUCCUGCCCCGGGGCUCCGGCAUCGUCACAAGGAGGCCUCUGGUCCUGCAGCUCAUCAGCGCCACCACAGAGCAUGCAGAGUUCCUGCACUGCAAGGGGAAAAAGUUCACUGACUUUGAUGAGGUGCGGCAAGAGAUCGAGGCUGAGACUGACCGCGUCACUGGAGUCAACAAGGGCAUCUCUCCCGUCCCCAUCAACCUGCGAGUGUACUCUCCACAUGUGCUGAAUCUGACCCUCAUCGACCUGCCUGGCAUCACCAAGGUGCCUGUCGGGGACCAGCCCCCCGAUAUCGAGUACCAGAUCCGGGACAUGCUCAUGCAGUUCAUCUGCCGAGAGAACUGCCUCAUCCUGGCAGUGACCCCCGCCAACACCGACCUGGCCAACUCCGACGCGCUCAAACUGGCCAAGGACGUGGACCCCCAGGGCCAGCGCACCAUCGGGGUGAUCACCAAGCUGGACCUGAUGGACGAGGGGACUGACGCACGGGACAUCCUGGAGAACAAGCUCUUGCCACUGCGGAGAGGGUACAUCGGCGUGGUGAACCGCAGUCAGAAGGAUAUCGAAGGGAAGAAGGACAUCAAGACGGCUCUGGCUGCGGAGAGGAAGUUCUUCCUGUCUCACCCGGGGUACCGGCACUUGGCCGACAGCAUGGGCACCCCCCACCUGCAGAGAGUGCUUAACCAGCAACUGACCAAUCACAUCCGCGACACGCUGCCAGCGUUCCGCAGCAAACUGCAGGCUCAGCUGCUCUCCCUGGACAAGGAGGCGGAGGAGUACCGGCAGUUCAGACCUGACGACCCUUCACGUUUUUCACGCCCUCUCUGCAGGAUGGUGCAGCAGUUCUCUGUGGAUUUUGAGAAGCGGAUCGAGGGUUCGGGGGACCAGGUCGACACGUUGGAGCUGUCCGGGGGAGCCAAGAUCAACCGCAUCUUCCACGAGCGCUUCCCCUUCGAGCUGGUCAAGAUGGAGUUUGAUGAGAAGGAUCUGCGCAGAGAGAUCAGCUACGCCAUCAAGAACAUCCAUGGAAUCAGGACGGGUCUCUUCACUCCAGACAUGGCGUUCGAGGCGAUUGUGAAGAAGCAGAUAGUGAAGCUGAAGGAGCCGUGCCUCAAGUGUGUGGACAUGGUGAUCCAGGAGCUGAUCAGCACAGUGCGGCAGUGCACCAUCAAGCUCGGGACAUUCCCUCGGCUGAGACAGGAGACGGAGCGCAUCGUAACGACUCACAUCCGGGACAGGGAGAGCAGAGCCAAGGACCAGGUGCUGCUGCUGAUUGAGGUCCAGCUCUCCUACAUCAACACCAACCACGAGGACUUCAUUGGGUUUGCCAAUGCCCAGCAGAGAAGCAGUCAGACGAGUAAGAAGAGUUGUGCUGGUAAUCAGGGAGCAGCCCCUCCGCCUUCAAGGCAAAUUGUGAUCCGAAAGGGCUGGCUGACCAUCAACAACAUCAGCAUCAUCAAGGGUGGAGCCAAGGAGUACUGGUUCGUGCUGACCGCUGAGAGCCUGUCCUGGUUCAAGGAUGACGAGGAGAAGGAGAAGAAGUAUAUGCUGCCCCUGGACAAUCUGAAGGUGCGAGACGUGGAGAAGGGCUUCAUGUCCAGUAAGCACAUCAUCGCCAUCUUCAACACAGAGCAGAGGAAUGUUUACAAGGACUAUCGCUACCUGGAGCUGGCCUGUGACUCCCAUGAAGAGGUGGACAGCUGGAAGGCUUCUCUGCUGCGAGCCGGAGUCUACCCUGAGAAACCAUCGGUGGACAGCGAUGACUCAGGCCCCUCUGAUAAUUUCUCCAUGGACCCCCAGCUGGAGCGGCAGGUGGAGACCAUCAGGAACCUGGUCGACUCUUACAUGGCCAUCGUCAACAAGUGCAUCCGGGACCUCAUGCCCAAGACCAUCAUGCACCUCAUGAUCAGCAACGUGAAGGAGUUCAUCAACGCGGAGCUGCUGGCCCAACUAUACUCCACAGAGGAUCAGAGUGUGCUGAUGGACGAGUCCGCAGAGCAGGCACAGCGCCGGGACGAGGUUCUGCGCACUCACCGCGCCCUGAAGGAGGCACUAGCAAUCAUCGGAGACAUCUCCACCACCACCAUCUCCACACCACUGCCCCCCCCCGUCGACAACUCCUGGCAGGGGGGCCGCAGGUCACCCCCUCUGAGCCCCACUGCUCCCCGGAGGUUGCUCUCCUCUUCUCGUGUCCCUGCAGGUCGAGGCCCCGCCCCUGCGGGGUCGCAAGGCAGCGCGGGGCCGGGCCUGCCCCCCCUCAACAACGCUGCAGAGGCGCUCGCCGCUCCCCCCCAAGUCCCCAGCCGGCCCAACCGUGCCCCUCCGAGCAUUCCCAGCCGCCGGCCGCCUCCCUCUCCCACCAGACCCACCAUAAUCCGGCCCGGAGACUCAUCCCUCUUCGAGUGAAACACAAGCUUUGCCCACCAGCUCCCUCCGCUAACCAUGCAUGCCCUGCCGCCCAGUAUAGCGGCCCUGCCUCCUAGUAUACAGGCUCAGCCUCCCAGUAUAGCGGCCCUGCCUCCCAGUAUAGCGGCUCAGCCUCCCAGUAUAGCGGCCCUGUCUCCCAGUAUAUUGGCCCCCUGGCUAGUGUACUCGUAGCCCUGGCUGUGCACGUGACGUGUCCCUGCAGUCUCUGUGCUGUGUGUCGUUCUAUUCACAGUCCCGCUGUGUGAAGCAGACUGGGUGCAGCUGAGCUGAGAGGCUGCAGCUGGGCGCUAGAGCUUUUGGCGUUGCAUGCCUAGGAAAGAUGUACAGUAACCCAAACAUAUUAUAUACUCUACAGAGCCUGAGUGGCUGCUAUGUGUUGUACAAUUCUAUUUGAGAUGUGUGUGUGUGUGUGUGCGUGUGCGUGCGUGCAGGUGUGUUGAUGUCGACGGCCCUUUCAGACCAUUCACCUCUCACCCUCCCCCCACCCCACCCCCCUCGGAGUAGAGAGUGAGCCUGUGAGCAGCGAGGAUGGAUCUGCCGGGGGGGGGGGCCCUCGCCCCUCGCCCCUCGCCCCUCGCCCUGUGCCUCCCUGCCUGCCCCUCAGCCCUGCUGCUCAGCCUCGUCUCCUCCUGUCCUAAUAUGUCACUGCAUGUCAGUAAAUACAGAAGGUGUAUGUGGGAUUCAGAGCUGCUUGCUGUCAUGUUGUCCUGUUUGGGUGUGUGUGUGGGGUUCAGAGCUGCUUGCUGUCGUGUUGUCCUG